CAAGACUGAAGUAAGUGAAGAGGUGAGGACCUAAAGAAUUAAGUACUUGAUAACUAAUAAAUAAUACACACCUUGCAUGUGCACAUUCUGUGAUUGGCAUUGUGACCCACCAUGUGUUCCAUUUCAUCAACCCAAAAACUCCCUGAGGAAUUGUUAUCCCCAUUUCACGGAUGAGGAAAUAGGCUUUGGGGAAUUAAGCAACUUGCUCAAAGUCACUAGAAAUUUGCCUGAUCUGUUACUCUUUUCUCCAUAACCUGGGGCAGGGCCUUUUAAUCUCUCUGAACCUCACUGUUCCCAUCUGUCUAGGGGAGUAAUAACAAAACCAUUAUGAGAAUGACUUAAGCUGAUUUCUGUGAAGGUGUUUGGAAAUCUAUAAACGUUUACACAGGUUGGUGUUACGAGAGUCAUUUUAGAAUAUCAUUACUAGAAGUGGCCUCAGGAACCAGAAAGUUUACCAGUAUCUCCAUUUUGUACCUGAGAGAGUUGCUGCCUAGGAAAUGGAGAAGGAAGGAAAAGAAAGAAUUGUUCACUAAGAGCCAACAGCUAAGACCUGAUCCAGAAACCGGAGCUUCACAUUCCUGAGAUUCUUGUGGCUGAGGAGCCUGUGACCUUGACCUGUACCUUCAAAGGCACCUGCAAAGAAACCAAAGCCCCACUCCUCUCCUGGAAAGAGCCCACCACACCCUCCAACACAGACAGCUCCAGCAACUCCUCCACCUCCUCCUCAGUGCUGCACGUCAGCUAGAAGCCUGAGGACCAUGGCACCACUAUCAGAUGUCAUUUGAACUUCUCUCUAGCUAACUUGACCAAAAGUAGCAUGCUCAAGCUCCAGGCAGUCUCACCUCCCAGGCUGCUCUAUUCCUCUUGUUCCUUGAAGAAGACUCUGCAGUGCAGCUGUUCCUUCCAGGGGAUCCCUACACCCUCCGUGCAGUGGUUGAUGGACCGUGUUCCCGUGAGUGUGAACAGCAUGAGUAACAUCCUCCACAUGACUUCAAGCGUAUCUGUGCCCUGGGCCAACAGCACCAUCAGCCUCACUGGGGAUCCAGAAAUAGUCACAAAACUCCACUGUGAGGGGAAGAAUGAAUAUGGAAUCCACACUUCAAGCAUCUUCCUCAUCCCACAUAAGAAUUCAGUUUCCAAUGUGUUCAUGAAAGGGCUGAUCCAGGGCGUUGUAUAUGGAUCCAUUGCGUCAGCACUACUCUGCUUCUUCUUUGUCCUUCUUACAAUGAAGAUCCUUAAAUGGUGGGAGGAGACUCAAAUCCCCAAGGCCAAAGAGGCCCUGAUCCUCAAGGAACCAGAGCCGCUGGAGGAACCAGAAACACCCAAGGAGUCUGAAGCUGAAACCCCGUGGGCUUCAGUUGGAGGGCUCUUGAGAACGAAGACCGUGGCGGCUCGAACUCCAGAUGGAUUGUGACAAACACAUGGCAUCGCAGACGUGUGGAUCCGCCGGCCCAGUCAGACCUGCGCAAAUCUGCAGAGCAGGAGCCACGACUCCAUCUCAGACUCUCAGACCAGAGGCCACAGCUCAGCCCUCACCCAGUCACUCACUCGGCAGAUGUCCCCCGAGGCCUCUGCGUGCCUGGCCUCUCAUCAGCGCGCUCUGGGGACACUCCUGCUCCCUGCCCUUGAGGAGCAGGCCGUCUGCACAGGCAGGCCGACCCCUGGGGCACAGACGACACACAGAGCACACUGCAGGGAGGCGGCACUAGGAGGUGGACUGCUGCUAAUGCAGAGGCCACACGGGCACUGUGAGCCCAGAGUGACAGCGACCCUCCUGCAGCCUCAGGGGCACCAACAACCCAAUCCAGCCCCAGCAUCCUACCAAGAGAGAAACUGAGACCGUAGGAGGGAAGCAACUGAAAUAUUAAGGAAGUCCCCAAAGUCUCUCUGCAGGGACAUUGGGGAUCGUGAGGCCCCACCCUCCACAUCCCCACAUCACAAACAGGGAAACUGAGGCUCAAAGUGCCUCAGGCCACACCGCAAGACUAUGCCCUCCUCAGGACCCCUGAAUCCCAGGGGCCUUGGUGCCUGGAGCAGCUGUUCCUGCCCCUGGCUUUUUCUCCUGACCUUAUAAAACUCUAGUGCAGGGGUGACAGACUCAGAAGCCCCCAGGGGCUCAGCAGGAGACACAAUGAGCGCAGAGGCCUGGGGGGCCCGCCUCCCUCUGGAGAGCAGGUGCCGCCCAAAGGGGGCGCUAGCGCCAGUGAACUCCGCUCCGCCACCAUCUCCUUCUCCCACCUCUGAGCAGAAAUGACAUUUCUAUUGCCAGGUCUUCUGGGUUUAUUUUUAGAAGAAUCCGGAGGUCUAGAUUUCACUGUGAAAUUUCUGGAUUCGAACACGUUACUAAUUGAGACCAUGUUUUUAAAAAGCAGCAUGAGUCUAAGAAAAGCCAUAUGUGGACCUCUCAUUUGCAAAUGUAAUCAGAAGCAUAGACGUAGAGGGGACACCCUUUUUCUAAAUGCGUCUUCCGCCAGAAGGAGGUGUCGUUCUUCAGAUGGUAAACCUUGCCAAGUGCAGCAGAAUCCUGGGCACUAGGAAGAGCCUUGGGUCUGGAAGGAUGGGGAAGACUUUCCCAGGUGGAGGAGGAUGUUCCAGGUGUUCAUUUCCUCGUGGGGCCGCAAACAUCCCCUGAAGCCGCCCCUGUGCCAGGCCCUGGGUUGGAGAUACAGAGAUGAGUCAGAUCCGGGUUGUGCCCUCAAGGAUCUCCGGGUUGUCGCAGCCUGCAUGGCCAGGGCUGUGCAGAGGGAGCAUCUGGGAGGGGCGAGGGCCCAGCACUGGGGAAGGCGGGGCUCGGUCUCUCCUGGGGAGCCGGGGCAUGGCACCUGAGCUGGGCAGACAUGCUGGGAGGGGUGGUGGCAUUGCAGGCCUAAAGCAGGAGGCACGUGGGGGGCCCAGAGCACUCCAGCAAGGGCAGGCGACAGGGAGAAAUGAGCCAGACAAGAUGCCACAGGCUGGGCCCGGUGAAGCUCCCCUGCAAACAGGCCUCAAUGGUCACCUGACCCUCUCUCAGAGAAGCAAGAGGGCCCGAUGCCUGGGCGGCUCCCCCUCCCCAUGAGGGACACACAUGGCAGUGACAGCAUCCUUGAGUUAGACUUCAGAGGCCCAAUGCCUCAUUGUUUAGGGGAUCAUGGAGACAGGGAGACCUACUUCAGGAAAAAGUGAUGUCCCCAUGGGUGGGCAGUGGGGUGGGAGUGGCAGGGAGCCAACAGCAGCUCCACAAAUAAAGAUAAGAUUGGAAAGUGGAUCAUCUUCCAAAAAGU